CAAUUAGAGCAAAUAGAACAGGCCGAAAAAGAACAAAAGGACAAAGAAAAAGAAUCCGAGCAAGAAAUUAAGGAAUUAAACAAGCAAAUUGAAAAGAUUAACCAACAAAAACCAACCUCAAUUGCGGCUAAAAAGAUAGAAAGAGAAAUCAGAGACGCCGAGCAAAAAGCCAAUCAAAGCCAGCACGAAUAUAUCGAACAACAAUGA